CUUGCCUCUGCUUUGGCGGCAAUUGAAAAGCCAAAACAGUAGGACGGAGGAGGUUGUCACACGGCUAUAGCUAACAUUAAACAAAGAGGAUAUUCAUUCAAAGAUCACUUUACAAAUAUGUCUCAGAAUGCUUGGCAGAAAACGAAGGAAGCAGUCGUAGAUUUCCGAAAACUUCUGCUGUGCUCGAAAUGCUCCAAACUGAUGAGUGAGCCUUUGUGUCUUGGAACAUGUGAGCAUAUGUUUUGCAAGUCUUGUGCAGGGGCCUGCGCGGGUGGUGAAUGCAGCGUAUGUUUCUGCCCUGCCUGGGUAAAAGACAUCCAGAUCAACAGGCAACUUAGUAACAUUACCGAUCUCUUUCGCAAUCUGGAGGGACUUCUUGCUCCUCCUGAAGUCUCAGCUACGCCUCCAAUUGAACCCUGUGAGGCAGCGGAGGUGAGCCCCAUUGUCAAACGCAAGAAGAGGUACCGCAUCUGGACCAGCCCUAGAAGCCACCGCAUACGCUGUCGGGUGGAGAGCCACGGGGAGGCCACCCUCUUCCCCGCGGACUUGGCCCAGCAUCGCCCCAGGCCCCAGAAGGCCUUGUUUCGACCCCAGGACGCAUCCGUGUACAACUUCCCCGCGUCCUCCCAGGACUCGGGUUCCUCCUCGCCCUCAAGGACGGUGAGUAGCGGUGGCAGCAAGAGGAAAAGAAAACCUGCGAAAAACGUCCGAGUCCGCCAAGCUCUGGUGCGUGCUCAGAUGGCCAUCACCAGGAAGCAGAAGAGGAAGCUGCAGCUCCAGGUGAUUAACCAGCAGUGGGGCAUCGGCACCCACGCAGAGGCCGGUGCUCCCGAGGAGAGACGGGAGGAGAGCGAGGGGGGAGGGGACGGCAGUGAGAGAGAGGGCAAGAGGCCCAGGAAGAGAGUGUCUUUCCAAAACCCCGACUCUCCUCUCCACGAGGAUCAUCCGAAAGAAAAUGCUCCCCCAUCAGAGAAUCUUGUCACAGCAUCCCGGUCUGCAAUGUCAGACACAGGUCUGCUCAGUGGAGCGUCCACUGCGCCUCCAGAAUCCAUUAAACAACCGGCCAGCCCAUCCAAGCUCCCUCCCUGCAGGAUGCCCAAGAGGGCUCGGCCGGCAGGGGGAGGUGUGGAGCCGCAGAGAUCGCCCAAGCGGCCGAGGGCCUCACCUGGCGUUGGGGGGUGGCCGGCUGCGGUGGAUGGCCUCUCCACCCUCUCCACCCCUCCGCCUUCACCUUCGCCGCAGGCCCUCUCCUCACCCCGUGGCAGCCCUGGAGGAUCCAGGCGCGAGCCGGGCUUAAGCCCGGGACCUUCACCCGCCGGCGGGAGGAGGUCUCAGGGGCGCCAGAGCCAAGGCAGCCCUGCCUUCGCCAAGAGGAACCACAAAGGGGAGACGCCGCUUCACCUGGCAGCCAUCAAGGGAGAUGUAGAAGCUGUGAAGAGGCUGUUGGAGCAGGGUGCUGACCCCAACUUGAAGGAUAAUGCUGGCUGGACACCACUGCAUGAGGCCAGCAACCACGGCCACGCGGCAGUGGUGGAGGCUCUGAUCCUGGGCGGCUCGCUGCUCAACACCCCCGGCUACCAGAACGACUCGCCGCUCCACGACGCGGUCAGGAACGGCCACGCCGCCAUCGUCAGGCUGCUGCUGGAGCAUGGCGCCUCCCAGAGCGUACUGAACAUGUUUGGCCUGCGAGCGCUGGACUGUGCCGAGACGCCCGAAAUGCGCGAGAUCCUGUUGGGGGCGUCUGAGAGAGGCCAUCCCUUACACUCCCCCCUCAGUCCCCCAGCCAGCCUCAGCAAGACGGGUGCCUGUGGGCAGAAGGACGGCCGCGUCACCCUCCUCGGGAGCAAGCUGACCCAGCCGCAGCGCCGACAGCUGGCCCAAGCAGCGCGACUUCUGGGAGCGAGGCUGGCCGACGCCUUCUCCAGCGCAGUGACCCAUGUGGUUGUGGCAGAGGGCGGAGUGCCCACCACGCUGUCCACCCUGCAGGGCAUUCUCAAUGGCUGCUGGAUCCUCCACUUCAGCUGGGUGAAGGCUUGCCGUCAGGCAGGUGCCCGGGCCGCCGAGGUGGAGCAUGAGGCGGGGGAAGGACCCCAGCGCAGCCGCUUCAACCGAGACAACCUGCUUCCCCGGCUCCUUGACGGCUGCUUCUUCUUCCUGCUGGGCUCCUUCCAGCGACCGGAGAAGGCUGACCUGCUGACGCUCAUCCGCGAGGGAGGGGGUCAGGUCCUGAGCAGGCAGCCCAAGCCGGACAGCGACGUCACACAGACCCUGAGUGCCGCCGCCUACCACGCCCGGCCAGGCUCCGACCAGGCCCUCUGCACGCAGUACAUCCUCUACGAGCCCCAGGGCGCCUACCGGCCCUCCCGGGUACGCCUAGGCAAGGUGUGGUCAGCCCCCGCUAGCUGGCUGCUGGACUGCAUCUCUGCCUUCCAGCUCCUGCCCGUUCCAGAGCUAGAACCAGCGCCGGCACCCUGAUGCUGUGAGCAAGGAGGCCCCUGUCCACUAUCAGGGACCAGGGGACCAAGUGAACUUUGUGUGUGUAUGUCUGUCUCCUACUGUUAUUCAGAGACAACUGUAACCCACGAGCUAUGCAUGGUGUUUUGAAUCAUGAUUCUGUAGAGAGAGUGAAGUUCAUAAAGAUUCUGAAGCCUAAGGAUCGGUUCAAUAUAAUAAGAGUGAUUAGGAAUCAUUCUGGCUCUUUCAGGCUGCUGAAUAAGUGGAAAAUCGAAGUCCUUCUCUUUCCUGCCAAGAGUAUUCUCUUUGUAAAACACUGAGCAGGAAGCCUCUCAAACCCUAUUGUGCUGUGUUCUUUUUUCUACGUUUUCUGGGACAGUAUAGAAACCGUUUAAAAAAUAUAAAAGAAGAUUAUAAAAUACGUCUCUUUGUGCAUGUCAUUUGUAACACUAAAGUCUUUUGUAAGCCACAGAGUGUCCUUGUGGGAAAAUCCAAUGUCACAAUAAAGAGUUCUUUGUUCUGUCUUUA